AGUCUGCUUACCAUAACGAUACUGUUUUGGGAUACAAAAUCUAGUUUAUCUGGCCAAUUUCUCAAGUCCGUUUGGUGUCAAUACAAGAAAACAGAGGCAAACAUGAGUGAUUCUCAAGAAAAUACAUAUUUUAAAGAUUGUUUUGCUGAAUUUAAUGAGUACAGGAAAGCUGGUCUAUAUUGUGAUUUUACGAUCAAAGUUGGUUCAGAAAAAUUUCGAGUGCAUAAGAUUAUUUUGUCUACUGCAACUGAUUAUUUCAAAUUAAUGUUUCGACAUGAGACUGUUGAGACUCUGUCAGGAGAAGUUGAUAUCCAAGGCUUCAGUGCGGAUACUAUUAAGAAAGUUAUCGAGUAUAUCUAUACUUCCAAAUUCCCCAUUAAUGAGACAUCUGAUGUCGCAUCAUACAUGCAGGCUUCACAUUUCUUACUACUACCAAAAUUAUGUGGUAUUGUCACUGAAUAUCUGGAACAGAAUUUGGGUCCCAAAUCUUACUUCAUCACCAUAAAUAUCUCGAAGUUGUACGAUCUGAAACAACUCGAAGCCAAAUGUGAUAAAAUUGCUUCCAACAACUUUGCAAAAAUUGCAGAACUGGAUGAAUUCAAGGAAAUAGAUGAAAAACAGUUGGUGGGAAUGAUCAAGGCCAAGGAAAACACGGCAUCUGAAGAGGAAAAAUGCUUAGCCUUGAUGAAUUGGACAAAAUUUGAUGAGAAGAAACGUUCAAAGCAGUUUGUCAAAUCUUUCAAGCAACUGGAUUUGACCAAAAUAUCACUCUCUUAUCGCAGAAAACUUCUGGAGCAAGAUAGUCUCAUUGCUGCAAAUACAGAAACUUUACGAAUUGCAGCAUUGUCAUUCAUUGAUGAUAAGACUGCUUCAUCGAGUUCUUCUGCAUCUAGUUCUUUGGCAUCAAGUUCUUCUGCAUCAGCUUUGGAAGAUGACGCAUUGGUCGUUUUUGACUGGACAUCUUCCCAUCUCCAACAGUUCAAUCCAAGGUCAAAUGAAUGGAAGCAAAUGCAGAAAAUGAAUGAAGACAUGAAGUCAAAGAUGUUCUCUGCUAUUGCAUUGAAUCAGCAUAUUUAUGUCUUAGUUGGCGACAACUCAUUCUAUCGACUUAAAUAUGUCGAUGUUAAUGCUACAUGGGAGGAAUUAAAGAGUUCGUUGAAAAAUCAUGGCGACUCCCCACCAAUGACUUUGGCUGAUGGUGAGAUCUGGAUUGUUGGUGGAUGUGGUGGAUCUGACACAACAACAGUGGAAAAGUAUAAUUCUCUGAGAAACCAGUGGACAAAGAUGAAGAGCAAGAUUGUUAAAUGUAAUGGUCCUGCAGUCAUCUGCAUGCAAGGAAGCAUUUAUAGUUUGGGAGGAUAUGAAGGAUCAAUGGGUUCAAACAACAAAGCGGAAUGCUUCAAUCUAUUUACGUCAACAUGGAGUUUCAUUUCACCAAUGCUGAAUGCAAGAUACAAAUCUGCUGCUGUUGAAUUCCAGAAUCGACUUUAUGUGCUCGGUGGAUGUAAUAGGGGGCAGGAUCUGAAAACUGUCGAAACAUACGAUCCAUCAUCCAAUUCCUGGACCAUGUUUGCACCGAUGAUAUCGGUUCGUAAUCUCUUCAAAAGCUUUGUUUUCAACGGGAACAUUUAUGCAGUUGGUGGAUGGCGUUCAAUGGAAACCAUGGAGAAAUACGAUUCUGAAAAACAAAACUGGGUGAUGGUUGACAUUCCUGAAGAUAUGGACCUCAAUAUAGGGGACUCAGUGAAAAUAAAAGCCAUAUGA